CUCUACCCGCGCGCUCGCAGCUUCUCGCUCUCGCCGCUUGCCCGCCCGCUCCCUUGCUUGCUCGCGCUCUGCUCGCGGAUCGAGGAGGCUUUGGCCACUGCGUGCGGCCGUGAAGGGAGACAGGAGGCGGCUCAGGGGAAAGGAGGCUGCAUUGGUGGUGGUAGUAAGAAGAUGUCGGGCGAGGACGAGCAGCAGGAGCAAACUAUCGCCGAGGACCUGGUCGUGACCAAGUAUAAGAUGGGGGGCGACAUCGCCAACCGGGUACUUCGAUCUUUGGUGGAAGCAUCCAGUCCAGGUGUGUCGGUACUGAGCCUAUGUGAGAAAGGCGAUAACAUGAUUAUGGAAGAAACAGGGAAAAUCUUUAAGAAAGAAAAGGAAAUGAAGAAAGGUAUUGCCUUUCCUACCAGCAUUUCGGUAAAUAACUGUGUAUGUCACUUCUCCCCUUUGAAGAGUGACCAGGACUAUAUUCUCAAGGAAGGUGACUUGGUAAAAAUUGACCUUGGGGUCCAUGUGGAUGGCUUCAUUGCUAAUGUGGCUCAUACUUUUGUGGUUGGUGUAGCUGAGGGGACCCAAGUAACAGGACGGAAAGCAGAUGUCAUUAAGGCAGCUCACCUUUGUGCUGAAGCUGCCCUGCGCCUGGUCAAACCUGGAAACCAGAACACCCAAGUGACAGAAGCCUGGAACAAAGUUGCCCAUUCAUUUAAUUGCACGCCAAUAGAAGGUAUGCUGUCACACCAGUUGAAGCAGCAUGUCAUCGAUGGAGAGAAAACCAUCAUUCAGAAUCCCACAGACCAACAGAAGAAGGACCAUGAAAAGGCCGAAUUUGAGGUACAUGAAGUAUAUGCUGUGGAUGUUCUCGUCAGCUCAGGAGAGGGCAAGGCCAAGGAUGCGGGACAGAGAACCACCAUUUACAAACGAGACCCCUCUAAACAGUAUGGCCUGAAAAUGAAAACUUCACGUGCCUUUUUCAGUGAGGUGGAAAGGCGUUUUGAUGCCAUGCCAUUUACUUUAAGAGCAUUUGAAGAUGAGAAGAAGGCUCGGAUGGGUGUGGUAGAAUGUGCCAAACAUGAGCUGCUGCAACCAUUUAAUGUUCUCUAUGAGAAGGAGGGUGAAUUUGUUGCCCAGUUUAAAUUUACAGUUCUGCUCAUGCCCAAUGGCCCCAUGCGGAUAACCAGUGGUCCCUUUGAGCCUGACCUCUAUAAGUCUGAGAUGGAGGUCCAGGAUGCAGAGCUUAAGGCCCUCCUGCAGAGUUCUGCAAGUCGGAAAACCCAGAAAAAAAAGAAAAAGAAGGCCUCCAAGACUGCAGAAAAUGCCACCAGUGGGGAAACAUUAGAAGAGAAUGAAGCUGGGGACUGAGGUGGGUCCCAUAUCCCCAUCUUGCUGCUCCAGCCUCAUCCCCUUCCCACUACACCCCAGGCUCUGUGAAGUGCAGUUCAUCUUCUCCACCUAGGACCGCCAGCAGAGCAGGGUCUCCCUGCCCUCAUCCCAGUCCCCCUGCCCACCCCCUUCCAACAACAACCAGCUCCAACUGACUCUGGUUUUGGGAGGCCAGGCUUCCCAGCCACUGAAGACUACUUUAAAUUGAAAAAAAAAAAAGAAAGAAAGAAAGAAAUUGAAUAAUAAAAUCAGGAGUCAAAAUUCAUCGUCUUCAAGCCCUCUUUCUAGCCUUUUCUACUAUGCUUGAUCAAGGUUUGUGAACGGGGAGGAGGCUAAAUUAGCCACCACCACUAAAAACUCAGCUGAAAUAUUUUAUACCAUUCUGAUGUCAACAUUUUCUUAUCCAUCUUGGGCUUUUCUGUCUGAUUUCUCACUCUCCCCAAGUAUUUUAUCUGCUCUCAAAAUUAAGAGGAGCUGUUCUUCAGAUUGUUUUUUAUUCAUAUGUAGCAGAUUCCUCAUCUGAUCCAGGUUGUCUAGUCAGGCCCUUCCCAUGUUUAGAAGUUGAAGUCUCCAUUUCUGAAGAGAUUCCCAUCUAUCAAAUGGAUUCCCAUUUGUAAAUCUUUUUAGUUGUUUUUGUUCUUCAGGCUCACCCCCCCACCCUUGACAAAACUGUAAAGAAAUAAACCAUCUCACCUGUCCUUUUCUCUGGAGUCAGUGGGGCCUUCCUUGCUCCUCCAUUUACAAAAAACCUAAGCUGGAAGUUCAACUGUGGUUUUAUUCCCUGUUUGAAAUAUUUUGACCUCCCUCCCCUGAAAGAAAUACCUGGAACCAGAGGAGUAGACUGAAGAGAACUCCUGGCUUUCUGAAGCUAUGGACUUGGAUUGGAUGAAUUGCUGGGGGUUUAUAGAGAAAGAUGACAUUUCAGUACCUCUGGCAUGCUGUCCCGGGAAUCGGGGCUCCCACUAACUUAUGAGGUUUUUAAACACAUUGAAGGUGAUAUAGCAUUAAAAUAAAUUUGGAUUUGCUCAUAA